AUGGGCAAGUAUGCUCAGUUUGUGGCCAUUUCUGCAACACCUGCACCUUGGAUAGCGUCACUUGCGAAACUUGUAUUGAUCAAUCAAGAAUGAUGUUGAAUCCCGAUAAGCCUGCUGAAUGCAAGUGUAAAGGAGAUAAUCAACAAGAAAAAGCAAACGGAUCCGGCUGUAUCUGUAAAACCCCAGACACUUAUUUCAAUAAUGGUGACUGUACUUCUUGCGGCGAUAACUGUUUAA